CUUGAAGGAUAUAGAACUAGCAAUUGAUCAUCUAUAUGCUAGCUUAACUGAAAAUUUUAAAACAAUGAGCAACAUCAAACAGUUAGUACCACCUCCUGCAGCGACAAAUGCAUCUACUUUGCAGCAACUGAGUAAUGCAAUGUCUUCUGCGCAGCAGCCAAGCAACACGAUGCAGCCCUCCAGUUCUGUGGGCAAUAUGCAGGGCAGCGCGAAUGCUCUCAACAAAAUGCAGCAGGGGAAUACAAUGGCCAAUUUGCAGGCCAGCGCGAAUGCUCUUAACAAAAUGCAGCAGGGGAAUACUAUGGCCAAUUUGCAAGCAGCCGCCAAUGCUAUGGCCAACAUGCAGCAGCAACAGCAGCAGCAGCAGCAGCAACAACAACAACUUCAGCAGACUGGCAAUCCAAUGUCCGGUAUGCAGACUGGAAAUGCAAUGACUGCUAUGCAGCCAUCUGGGAGUUCAAUGGCCACUAUGUAUCCAACAAAUACAAUGGCGACCAAUAUGUAUCCGACAAAUACAAUGACCAAUAUGUAUCCAACGAAUACAAUGGCCAAUAUGUAUCCAGGAAAUGUGGUGACUAACUUGCUUCCGGUGAAUCCAAUGACAAGCACCAUGCCACCAGUGGGGAAUGCUUUGGCUCUUAGGCAUCCUAUGAAUUCCAUGUUCAAUCAGCAAAAUAUAAUCAAGGGUGACCGCAACAUGUUCAUGUCUUCGGAUGACAAUGUGAUGAUGAGGCAAAUAUAUGAUACUCAUACUCCUGAUGGCAGAGUACUUUAUGUCAAGCCACUACUCCAUAUUGUGGAGGAUAUCUUGUCCUUCACUCAUAUGACUAGUCCUCUGGAUGCUGCCAAUGCACAUGGUGCCCAUAUGGAUGACAAAACCCACCAAUCUGAAGUGAUUUCUAUGCUUGAAGCACUGUCUCACUUAAUUGACCGGAUUUCUUGUGAGAUAUCAAUCAAGUGUUUGAGUGGUUCAGACGGACAUGUGACAACAGUGUCCAUACUAAACAUGGUAUCAAAUUAUCCAUGGGAUGCAAAACUAGUACUAACUCUAGCAGCAUUUGCUUUCAGCUAUGGAGAAUUCUGGCUGCUUGCUCAACUUUACUCAUCAAAUCAACUUGCAAGGUCCAUGGCCAUACUUAAGCAAGUUCCACUCAUCAUGGAGCACUCUGGCUCUCUUCAGCAUCGGUUUGAUGCAGUUAACACACUCCUCAAUUCGAUCAUGGAUUUGACGAGGACCAUCAUUGCAUUGGAAGAGUUACCUACUAUGUACAUUGCGAAGGAUGUGCCUCCAUUUUCAAGUGCCAUUGAAACUAUCCCAACUGCUGUAUACUGGAGUAUCAGAAGUGUCAUUGCCUGUGCAACUACCAUUAGUUUACUGACUAGCAUGGGCCACGAGUACACGAUAUCAAUGACAGAGCUGUCAUGGGAACUGUCCACAUUUGCUCAGAGGAUCAAGCAGAUACAUGAUCAUCUCAAGAGGAAUUUAGAUAUCUGCUACCUACACAUAGAUGAGAAGAUGCGAGCUGCUGCUUAUGAGUCACUAAGGCAUUUAUUUGACGUGACACACAUCGACAAUAUGAAAGUUCUUAGGGCUCUGAUUUACCCCAGGGAUGAUAUACAGCCACUAGUUGAAGGUUCUUCUAAAAGAAGGGUUCACCUGGAUGUGCUAAGAAGAAAGAAUGUCUUGCUACUGAUAUCAGGCCUUGACAUCUCUGCGGACGAGCUCUCCAUUCUUGAACAGAUUUAUAGCGAGUCCCGUAUCCAUGGAACAAGAAUGGAAAGCCUAUAUGAGUUGGUCUGGAUUCCAAUUGUGGACCUUUCUCAUGUUACCCAUCCGGGAACCACCCCUGGGAUCUAUGGAACCACCACUGGACCGUAUGGAACAACCACCGGACCAUAUGGAACAACUACUGACACAUUUCCACUGCAGAAACAUACUGGUAACCUGCCAGAAGAUCACAGUCUUCACUCCAGUAAUUCGAAGACGAUGUCUGUGUUUUCAUCAAAAAAUUUGAUGGAUCCUCAAAACUAUUCCGCUGUCUUUAAGCAGCACUGGACUGAUCCUAUGCAGAAGCGCUUUGAUGAGCUUACAUCGACAAUGCCAUGGUACUCUGUGUACCAUCCAUCCAUCAUUGAUCAGGCAGUUGUCAGGUUUGUGAAGGAGAGAUGGCACUUCAGGAAGAAGCCUAUACUAGUUGUUCUUGAUCCCCAAGGAAAGGAGGUGAGCCCUAAUGCACUUCACAUGAUGUGGAUUUGGGGGAGUACCGCCUUUCCUUUCACUAGUUCCAGAGAAGAGGCUCUUUGGAGAGAUGAGACUUGGAGGCUUGAAUUGCUUGUCAGUGGCAUGGAUCCAAUUAUCUACAAUGAUUGGAUAAGAGAUGGCAAGUUCAUAAUUCUGUAUGGAGGGGAGGACAUUGACUGGAUCAGGCGAUUCACAAACACUGCGCGGGCUGUGGCACAAGCGGCUGGAGUUCAGCUCGAGAUGGCCUACGUGGGAAAGAGCACAAAGAGGGAAAUGGUCAGGAAGGCAAUGUCAACAAUCACAGUGGAGAAGCUUAGCUACUGCUGGCAAGACCCCACAAUGAUAUGGUUCUUCUGGGCAAGAAUGGAGAGCAUGUUGUUUUCAAAGAUUCAAGUGAAGAAAAGAGAUGACCAUCUUGAUCCACUAAUGCAAGAAAUCAAGAAACUGCUGAGUUAUGACAAGAGUGGAAGUUGGGCAAUGUUAUGCAAAGGCUCAUACAUAGUCACUAGUGGGCAUGCUCAAACUGUCUUGAGCACUCUUCUAGAAUUCGAUACAUGGAAAGAAUACGUUCCACUCAGGGGAUUUGAUGUUGCAUUCAAAGAAUAUCAUGACAAGCUUCAUGUUGCCAACCCGCCGUGCUGUAGAUUUGAGUUCUUGACCACUGCUGGAAGAAUUCCAGAUGGCAUGACAUGCCCUGAGUGUCUCCAGCAUAUGGAGAAGUACAGCAGCUUCCUUUGUUGCCAUCCUGAGAACGCGGCGUACCUGCCCUAUAGAUAAAACAGGUUUGUGUGCCCCCAUAUCAAUUUCUAUAUAUAGAGUGUGAUUGUAAUAAAAGAUACCCUAGUACUAUAUGUUACUAUGGUUUUCUUUCUCUGUUUUUGUUUGUUGUGUGUUUGUGACAGUAAUAGCCUGUCAUACGAUGCUUGUACUGUGAGCUAUUAUAUUGUGAGAGUGUGUGUGUUGCCUAUAAGGCAAACCAAGAAUAAUGUAAUUGUCCACGAUCAUGGAUAUGUCUAAAUAAACAAAGAUUUUUCA